AGGGCAGCUUUACUGGCUGGCUUCCAGCAGCAGAUGCAGAAGUUCUUAAAAACAGCCAGAGGAUUUUUAUGGUAACAGACCCUCUGAGCCACAGACUCAGACCCUCACGCCUCUCCUGCCUCACCCCUGCCAUCCACCCCGCCCGCCCUGCCCUGCCCCAGGGCCCAACGUCUCGGUAAACUCAGUUCUCAGGGGCCCCAGAUCCAGUCUGUUGGGAGCCCAGCUUUCCAUCCUCCCCACCCACUCCACCCACACGGCUGAGGUCACACCGGCCCAGCCUCUUUUGCAACUUUCCCAAGUUUGUGCAUAAAGAGAGAGGAGGAAAACUCAGAAGGAAGUGACUUGGCCUCAACAAGUUUGCUCCCAAAGCCUUUUUCCUCUGAUCUAGCUGAGACUGCUGUUCUAAGAGGAGCCCCCCAGACUCAGAGAAAACCCCCCACCUGCCAUCGGAGGCUGAAAAGGCUCUGGAAGCUUUUCCUGGCUCUUGUCUGUUCCGGCAACACCAGAGAUUCUGAAGCCCCUCCAUGAAUCCUCGGAAGAAGGUGGACCUCAAGCUCAUCAUCAUUGGAGCCCUGGGUGUUGGAAAGACCUCCCUCCUCCACCGAUAUGUGCAUAAGACGUUUUACGAAGACUAUCAGACCACACUGGGGGCCAGCAUCCUCUCCAAGAUUAUCAUACUGGAUGACACAACCUUGAAGCUACAGAUCUGGGACACAGGCGGCCAGGAGCGAUUCCGCUCCAUGGUGUCUACAUUCUACAAAGGCUCUGAUGGCUGUGUCCUGGCUUUUGAUGUCACUGACCUGGAGUCCUUUGAAGCCCUGGAAACCUGGAGGGGUGAUGUUCUGGCCAAAACCAUUCCAAUGGAGCAGUCCUACCCCAUGGUGGUGCUCGGGAACAAGAUCGAUCUGGCAGACCGGCAGGUUCCGCAAGAGGUAGCCCAAGGCUGGUGUAAAGAGAAGGAUAUUCCCUAUUUUGAAGUCAGUGCCAAGAAUGACAUCAACGUGGUACAAGCCUUCGAGAUGCUGGCCAGUCGGGCUCUGUCAAGGUAUCGAAGCAUCUUAGAGAGUUACCUCACAGACUCCAUCAAGCUCUCACCGGAAGACCAGCCCAAGAGCAGAUGCUGCUGACCGUCCGGACCCCGGCUCUGCGCGCCCACGGACGGAGCUCAGCCCCGCCGGCCGCCCGCGCUCAGACGGCAGCCAGGCUCCUAGGCCGGCAGCGGCCCUCGCCUCCGCGCGGGCUCCAGACCAGCCCCGCCUCGGGCUAAGUGCAGUAGUCAGGGCGGAACCGGGACGUCCCAGAGGAGUCACGGCCCCUCGCUGGACCCGGCUUUCCUGCCCUGCGCCCUCCCCGGACACCUCCUGCUCUGGAAGGCGCAUCCCUGCACGCAGGAGGCAACGGACCCGCCUUCCUCAGCGCGCCCACCGCACCCCACCCCCUUAGAGCCGCCGCACAGCUGUGGACCAGGGUCCCUGCAACCAGGGCCGGGGAGGCGGUCUCCCUCACCCACUGGCAGCAGCUGUUCAGGCCUGGGACACCGUCUGUCUGUCCCCCCCAGAGCGCAGGGCAGAGGGAAGGCAGGAAGACCCCCGGGACCGCGCAUGUCUCCUUGCUGGCGCUCAGGCUGCUGCCUCAGCUGGUUGUCUGCCACACGAGGUUGGCACGUGCCCUGCCCACAUCCCGUAGCUCCUCAGGACCAGAAGCUCGGCUUCAGUCCCAGGCGCUCUUGUGGAGACACACUGGCCAUUCCUUCAACAAGUCCUUUUGUGUAUCUA